AUGCCAAUUGCACUGCGCAGGCCCGAGCCGCCAAGCCAGGAGCUGCUGCUGCGCUGGUUCCAAGCACAAUCACGCCUUCUGGCAGAGGAACGAAAGGAAGAGCAAGCACAGUCGAAGCUUCUCCUCUCUAAAACCGCACCAAAGAUUCUCGAGAAACAUGGUCUUGCUCUGCUCGGCUUGAGCGUCGCUUCGAUACGCAUCGGCGUGGGUGCCAAGCUUUUGGUAGAGCUCGAGAGACCCUCGGCACACCAUAGUUCCCCCAACUUCCCACCUCACACUUUCCGCUCGGGAGACCUGGCAGCGAUUCUAGACAACGGCGCCGAUCCUCAGGCUACAAACGAAGCAGGGCUAGUGCAAGGUGUCGUAUACAAGGCGAAUGAUACUCGAAUCGUACUGGCGAUAAGCGAUGGGAAGAAACAAGGUGGUGCGAAGGAGCAGACUCCAGAGAGCCAGAACAAGCGCGACGUACGCACGGGUGACAGCAACAAGGUCUCUGGGAACGACCUCGACUUGCCGGAGCGUAUCAGACUCGUCAAGGUGGCAAACGAGAGCACGUACGAUCGCCUGGAGGCGACGCUCGACAAACUGGCCAAAGCACUAGGCUUGACGCUCUCCACUUCAUCCAAAUCCAAAGCAGAUACAUCUGCCGACGAGGCUGAGGCCGCACAGCCUUCGCCGUCGUCAUCAUCGUCGGCAAACGCGACAAGCCUGACCCGCGGCCUGUUCGGCUUGUCCGAGCCGACAUGGCACGAUACCGACCUUCCAUCAUCGCCUUUCAAUCAAAAUCUCAACGACACGCAGCUCAACGCCAUUCGGCAUGCGCUUUCCGCCGACCACUUCUCUCUCAUUCACGGACCUCCAGGUACUGGCAAGACGACAGCUAUCGUCGAGCUCAUCAUGCAGAUCGUCGCGUCCAACUUCGGCGCAGCUGAAGCUGGGGCUCCGGUCCGCAUACUUGUAUGUGGAGCUUCGAAUUUGGCAGUCGACAACAUCCUCGAACGGCUCGUCGGCGUACCUGAGCAUCGGGAUGUGUUCAAGAAGAAGGGCGUAGGCGUCACCCGAAUCGGCCACCCUGCUCGCGUCGUCGCCAACCUUCAAGGCUCCACUCUAGAUGCGCAGUGUACGCAAUCAGCCGAAGCACAACUGGUUCAAGAUAUCAGCAAGGAGAUCGAGUCCAUCAUGAGCGAGCUCAAGCCCACCGCUGCACCUGCUGGCAACAAGUCGACCAAAGGCAAGCCAAAGAUCCGUGGGUCCGAUCGGAAGAAACGAUGGGAAGAAGUGCGCGAGUUGCGGAAAGAGUAUAGACGACGCGACCGCCAAGUUACAAGCAGCGUGUUGGAUCGAGCACAGGUCGUGUUGGCUACGUGUCACACGGCCGGUGGAAAGCAGUUGGCUCACAGACAGUAUGAUUGGGUGAUCAUCGACGAGGCAUGUCAGGCGUUGGAGGUUGCAUGUUGGAUCCCGAUUUUGAAGGCCAGAGAGGGCGCGAGGCUGGUGCUGGCUGGUGAUCAUCUGCAGCUCCCUCCGACGGUCAAGUCGACGCUGGCUGCAUCUCGAAAGAAAAGCAGUAAACAGAAAAGUUCCGGGAAGGACACGGCGGGCGGUGUCAGAGGCAAAGACUUCGCCGAUGGUGGCCCGCAACCCGCAGCAAAGACAGACGAUGUCAAUGUUGACGAAGAUGCAGAUGCUGACGUCGAUGAUACGCAAAUCGCCGAAAAGUUCUCAGACGUCUCGCUCGAGAAAGCUCCGCCCACACGACUGCGUCUGCCACGUUCACUCGAAACAACGCUCUUCUCUCGAGCGCUCGGCAUGUACGGUCCUGGCAUCAAAUCCCUACUGUCGAUCCAGUAUCGCAUGAACAACGAGAUCAUGUCCUUCCCAAACACGGAAUUGUACGAGUCCAAGCUCUCAGCUCACCCAUCGUGCGCCGACAUCCGCCUCGCCGACCUCCCGGACCUCUCCCUUCAGUCAUCCCCAACCGAUGAGGACGAGCAAGAGCUCCUCGCUCCGGUCGUCUUUUACGAUACGUCCGGCUGCGAGUUUCACGAGACAUCGCCUUCGCCUGAAGAAGGCAUUCUUCUCGCCGACUCCAAAUCCAAUGUGCACGAGGUCGAACUGGUCGUCAAGCAUCUCGAGUCACUCUUCGUCCGAGGACUCCUCGCUUCACAGGUGACGAUCCUAACACCGUACUCUGCGCAAGUCGCACUGUUGCAUUCCACCAUCCGAUCACAUCGAUUCAGCGGCCCUCCCGCCAGCACCGGAAAGAAUCGCGCCGACGAAACCGUCAUCAAUGCAGACAAGAUCGAACUGGGCACGAUCGACUCGAUGCAGGGCAGGGAGAAGGAUGUGGUGAUCAUCAGCUUGGUGAGGAGCAACGCUGAACAGCAGGUGGGAUUCUUGGCUCAGAAGAAGAGAUUGAACGUGGCGAUGACCAGAGCCAAGAGACAAUUGGUGCUGGUGGGUGAUGCAGAGACGAUCAGCGGGGCGAAGGAUUUGCCGGAUGACUUUUUGAAGAACUACAUGGGAUGGUUGGACGAGAAUGCGGUCGUGCAUCCCGUCGUUGCUGAGCUCUAG